GGAGGAGAGGAGGCAGGUCAGCCGUCCCCCGGCUGCAGCUGCACUCACAUGUGGCCACUGCCCACCAUGCACAUAACCCAGCUCAACCGGGAGUGCCUGCUGCACCUCUUCUCCUUCCUAGACAAGGACAGCAGGAAGAGCCUUGCCAGGACCUGCUCCCAGCUCCACGACGUGUUUGAGGACCCCGCACUCUGGUCCCUGCUGCACUUCCGUUCCCUCACUGAACUCCAGAAGGACAACUUCCUCCUGGGCCCGGCACUCCGCAGCCUCUCCAUCUGCUGGCACUCCAGCCGCGUGCAGGUGUGCAGCAUUGAGGACUGGCUCAAGAGUGCCUUCCAGAGAAGCAUCUGCAGCCGGCACGAGAGCCUGGUCAAUGAUUUCCUCCUCCGGGUGUGCGACAGGGGCCUCAGCUUGAAGCUAGACUGGAGCAAUCGCCACGCACCGCUCCCCUGCAAGGCAGCACGUCCAGAGCGAAACAAAGAGUCAAGGGUUGUGGCUCCUGGAACCGGCAUUCCCUCUGUCCACAGCCGCCCCAGGACUCUGCUGGGCCGGGGUCGGGGCUUUCCACUAGGGGCUCCCAAGGCUACGAGCCAAGAACCCAUGCAGAUGAAGGUACGGUGGGGUGCAGGGGCAGAAAGAGCAGGGAAAAUGGGCAGGCCAGAAAGCCGACUUGGAACCCUGCAGUGUCAUCGCGGCCAAGUGUCUUCACCUCGCAGGGCCCGAGUCCUCCUCGGUGCCCCAACCUGGCGUCCGUCACGCUGUCGGGCUGCGGCCACGUUACCGACGACUGCCUGGCGCGCCUGCUGCGCUGCUGCCCACGCCUGCGCUCACUGCGCCUGGAGAACUGCGCGCGCGUCACCAACCGCACGCUGGCUGCCGUGGCGGCGGACGGGCGCGCGCUGCAGACAUUGCACGUGGACUUCUGCCGCAACGUGAGCGCGGCCGGCCUGCGCCGCCUGCGCGCCGCGUGCCCGCGCCUGGCCCUCCGGGCAGAACACAGCGCCGCCAUGCUGCCCGACCAGCCCCCGCGCUCGCGCGCGUCCGCCGCGGCCCUCGGCAAGCUGCUGCCGCGCUAGACGCCGCCCCGCCGCGGCCCCCGGGGAAGGAGCCCAGCCCCAGACCGUCCUGGCUUCGAACCCAGCUCUUCCACCUUCAGACCACCACCGCAUCUUCUGAGCCUCAUUUUCCCCGUCUGCACAGUGGGGAUAAGAAAGCCUACCUCACGUUACGAUUUUAUACAUAGGAUAAACGCAAGAUUAAAUGGAUAUUUGGAAAA